AUGUCGAAGCAACCGCUUUCAGUAGCCGAAAUUCUCGAGAAGCAGAAGCACGAGUCAGCACUCAAACCUCGUUUCCUCUCCAAAGCUGAACGCUUGGCCAAAGCACAACGCCAGAAGGAGCAGGAAGAACAACAACAAAAGCUCAAGCUGGAAGAAGAGCGAAAGCGGCGGCUUGAGUUCGAGAAGCAAGCUCGCUCUGUAGCCUCUUCCUCGUCGUCUUCUUCUUCAUCAAGACGACCGACCGGGAGAGGUGCGGAUCGGUACCACAAUCAAGACAACGGCGAGCUCGAUUAUGGUAGUGCUGCCGAUGACCGCUACAACGGCAGAAGAGCUAGGGAUGAUGGAGACAGGCGCAACGGCUAUCGGAGCACGAAUGGUAGCGGUACAGCAAAUGGACAUCAUCAAGAUGCUACCACAUCAAAUGGCACAGAAGCGGACAGCAACGUCCCCUUAACAGAAUCCGAACAAGCCUCCAUCCGACGCCGAUACCUUGGUUUCAAAGAUGACAAAAAGAAACCGAAACGCAAGCCCAUGGACAAAAAGUUCCUCUUCGACUGGGGCGAGGAAGACGACACAGCCACCGAAUCUCUCGCUGUCCAGAUCCAGUCCGCGAUUCCACAACGCAAUGGUACCUCAUCUGCAUCACCCGCACGCUACGACCCACUAGACAAACGAUUCGACGAGAAGCAUUGGAGCGGAAAGUCUCUUUCCGAGAUGAAAGAACGUGACUGGCGUAUCUUCCGCGAAGACUUUGGUAUCUCGGCCCGAGGAGGGAACAUUCCUAAACCUCUUCGAUCUUGGCGGGAGUCCUCCAUCCCUGCUACGAUCCUUAGCACUAUCGAAGAAAUUGGCUACAAAGAGCCAUCGCCCAUUCAGCGGCAGGCCAUUCCUAUUGGGUUGCAGAACAGAGACCUGAUUGGUAUUGCAGAAACUGGUUCGGGUAAGACGGCAUCGUUCUUAAUCCCUCUCCUUGCGUAUAUCUCUAAGCUGCCAAAGCUAAACGAACACACGAAAGCGCUCGGACCACAAGCACUCAUUCUAGUACCAACUCGUGAGUUGGCACAACAGAUCGAAACAGAAACGAACAAGUUUGCAGGUCGACUAGGCUUAGGCUGCGUUUCGAUCGUCGGUGGAAGAGAUAUGAACGAUCAAGCGUACGCUCUGAGGGAUGGAGCAGAGAUCAUUAUCGCUACCCCUGGUCGGUUGAAAGACUGUAUAGAGAGGCAUGUGUUGGUGUUAAGUCAGUGUACAUAUGUUGUCAUGGACGAAGCGGAUAAGAUGGUUGAUAUGGGAUUCGAACCGCAGGUCAACUUCAUUUUGGACUCUUUGCCAGUGUCAAACCUCAAACCCGAUUCUGAAGUGGCAGAGGAUCCAAAAGGAGACGAUGUAGUUGGGCGAUACAGAGUGACCAUGCUUUACUCUGCAACUAUGCCACCUUCCGUAGAGAGGAUGGCUAGAGUAUACCUUCGUAGACCAGCAACUAUCACGGUUGGUGACGCGGGUCAAGCAGUAGGCAGUGUAGAACAGAUCGUCGAAUUCGUUCCAUCCGAAGAAGCACGUCGAUCUCGCCUCAUCUCUAUCCUCCAACGCUCCUCCCAUCUCGUCCCUAUCAUUGUGUUCGUAAACCAAAAGAAAGCCGCAGACCAACUCUCCUCCUACCUAACCCGCCAAGGCUUCUACAUCUCAACCCUCCAUUCAGGCAAAACUCAAGAACUUCGUGAAGAAGCCCUAGCACACCUCCGCGAUGGCACAACCCAAAUCCUUGUUGCAACCGAUCUGGCAGGUCGUGGCAUCGACGUUCCCAAUGUUGGGUUGGUAGUUAACUUUGCUAUGCCAAACAAUAUCGAAGCGUAUGUCCACAGGAUUGGCAGGACGGGUAGAGCAGGAAAGAAGGGUACUGCAAUAACGUUCUUGGAUCAGACGGAUUCGGACUUGUUUUGGGAUUUAAAGCAGGAAUUGACAAAGAGUAAAUUGAGUACUGUGCCACAACAGUUAGCGAGACAUCCUGCUGCUCAGCAUAGACCGGUGAAGGAUGCGGGGGGAAAGAGAAAACGGGAGAGAGAGGACGAGGGUUGA